AUGACAGCUCCAAAUAUGGCAGCAAUUACAGCAUCUUUGGAGAGGUCUCUUCAAAACUGUUCUCUAAAUCACCACCACCAUCAAAGUAGUGGUAUUUUAGGUAGUCGAAGAGCAGAGAGGUCAUCAAGUUCAGAUGAGACAGAUUCACAAAAUCAUUUAUUACAAAACUCCGAUACCUCCUUGGAGCUUAAGUCACAUCUCUCUCUUCCUUACCAUUGGGAACAAUGUUUAGAUUUAAAGACAGGAGAGAUAUACUACAUAAACUGGAGGAAUGGAAUGAAAGCAAGAGAAGAUCCAAGGGUCGCACAAGAAUACAAUGGAGAUUUCUACUCAGAAGACGACAGCUCAUAUGAUAGCGAGGAGUCAUCAUCAGAAUCCUCCCCUUCUUCCUCAAGAGACCAUUAUAAUAAUAGACUAGAGAAAGAAGACCAUGUCUUGGUUGUGGCUGGUUGCAAGAGCUGCUUUAUGUAUUUCAUGGUUCCCAAACAGGUGGAAGAUUGCCCUAAGUGCAAUGGCCAACUUCUUCACUUUGACAGAUCUGAAAAUGGGUCACCCUGA